ACUCACCAACCACGGUCGCCGUUCGGGCAUUAUCGGCCAGUUCGUCGUGGCGGCAGCAGAUUCUUCGUAGGACUCUCGUCGAACUCUCAUCGUUCCCCGGUGUCCAAAAAAAUGCGGUCCUUCAGCGCGUUCGUCGUGCUUGCUACGCUCGCCGUGGCUACCGCAGAGGUCUACCUGGAUGAGAAGUUCAGCGACGAUUCUUGGGAGAAGAAUUGGGUUUAUUCAGAGCAUCCUGGAAAGGAAUUUGGAAAAUUCGUUUUAAGUUAUGGAAAAUUCUGGAACGAACCAGAAAAUGACAAAGGUAUCCAAACGUCACAAGAUGCGAGGUUCUAUGCUCUUAGUAGAAAAUUUUCUCCAUUUAGCAAUAAGGACAAAACUCUCGUUAUUCAGUUUACUGUUAAGCAUGAACAAAACAUCGACUGCGGUGGUGGAUAUGUCAAGGUAUUCGACUGCUCACUUGAUCAAAAAGACAUGCAUGGCGAGAGUCCAUACCAGAUUAUGUUCGGACCUGACAUUUGUGGACCAGGUACCAAGAAGGUUCAUGUCAUCUUCAGUUACAAGGGCAAGAACCUUCUAAUUAAUAAGGAAAUUCGUUGCAAGGACGAUGUUUACACGCAUUUAUACACUUUGAUUGUUAAGCCUGAUAAUACGUACCAGGUUCUUAUUGAUAACGAAGAAGUAUCGUCUGGUGACUUAGAAAAGGACUGGAAUUUCCUGCCGGCGAAGAUGAUCACAGACCCAUCUCAGAGCAAACCUGAGGAUUGGGAUGACAAACCUACUAUUGAUGAUCCCGAGGACAAAAAACCAGAAGAUUGGGACAAGCCUGAGCACAUUCCUGACCCUGAAGCUACUAAGCCCGAUGAUUGGGAUGAUGAAAUGGACGGCGAAUGGGAAGCGCCAAUGAUCGAUAAUCCUGAUUACAAGGGUGAAUGGAAAGCGAAACAGAUUAGCAAUCCGAAUUAUAAGGGACCUUGGAUCCACCCUCAAAUCCCUAAUCCCGAAUACGUGCCUGAUCCAGAUCUGUAUAAGCGCGACGAGAUCUGCGCUGUAGGUUUUGAUUUAUGGCAAGUUAAAUCUGGUACUAUCUUUGAUAAUGUGCUCGUCACUGACGAUCCUGAAGCUGCACGCAAAUUCGGAGAGGAUGUGUGGAAACCUACUUUUGAGGGUGAGAAGAAGAUGAAGGAAGCGCAGGAUGAAGAGGAGAGGAAGCAAAGAGACAAAGAGGCGAAGGAAAGCGAGGAUAGUAAGGAUGAUGAAGAUGAUGAAGAUCAGGAUGAGGAAGAGAGCACUCAGCCAGAUAUUGAAGAGCAUGAUGAGUUGUAAAUAAGAGUGUCGCGCGUGUGGACACAAAUACAGACUGUAUUCCAGGAGCUACGUGGCCGCAACACGCACUAUCAUCCUCCCACAGGCACAAAAUCGCAAUCUAAAAGACAUGCAAUAAGCAGGAAAGAACAAAGAUAACAACUCGAUCACGUCGUCCAUCGUCAACAUUCGCGUAGUACGAGGACAUCAUAUCGAGUUUUGUUUAAGCUUAAAGCAAAGUCUCGCCCGGUUCUCUUCACGGUUUUCCGUAGCGGUUUGGCCUUGGUAUCGUGGCGCCUAAAGAAAACAUUUUUAUCCUAGUCCAGUAUACAUUUUCCAUUUGAGUGCAAAUUGUUCCCGAAGUUCCCGAGUUUAUUACAACACGCGCCUUAGACCAAGCGAUCGA